UUUUCUGAGGCGCCUGAGGAGACCGGCGAGUCAGACUUCUAUGGUGAGGAAACCCGCUUUUCUGGGACCGUCAAAGAGGAAAGAGACUAAGUAGGGCAUCCAUGUUGUAGCGAAAGUGCGGCUGAGGGUGGAUAGCUGUAUUUCCCCCACAGCCCUCUUCCUCGCCGCGUCGUCCCCGGAGCGGAUGAAAACAAACACGAACGAUGGCGGCGCCGGGCAGCGGCCGGCCGCUGGCCUUACGGCGGGAGUGAUCGCUUGCGCUGUGACGGGAGCCUUGAAGAGCGCCUGUAGACGUGAGUGCGACAGGUCGCGCAGUCUUGGGAACGAAACUCCCGGGGCCUGCGAGCCGCGAGGCUCCUGAGGCGUGAGGUGUUUUCUGCCCCCCGUGCUGUCAUUGCCGCUGCGGAGCGCGGAGCCCUCAGCCGGGAGGCGCCGCCGGCCGGCCCCAGGCCCCGGCCUCCGUAAUGAGAGCCCCGAGCCGCUCUCUGUGUCGCAGCUUCACAGGUGAGGGUGACUGUUGACGGGUGAAAAAAGAGACCCAAGGUUCACGGCUAUCUUACUGGCAGUGGAACGACCUGUGGAAACCUGCGAUCCAUUCUCAUUAAAUAAAUCUCUGGAUUCCUAUAGGCAAUGGAAACUGAUCUCAAUUCUCAGGACAGAAAGGACCUGGACAAGUUCAUUAAGUUUUUUGCCCUCAAGACUGUCCAAGUGAUUGUCCAGGCUCGACUGGGCGAGAAGAUUUGUACUCGUUCGUCUUCUUCCCCAACGGGUUCAGACUGGUUCAAUUUAGCGAUCAAAGACAUCCCGGAGGUGACACAUGAAGCAAAGAAGGCGCUGGCAGGGCAGCUGCCCGCCGUCGGGAGGUCUAUGUGUGUGGAGAUCUCACUCAAGACUUCUGAGGGAGAUUCCAUGGAGCUAGAAAUCUGGUGUCUGGAAAUGAAUGAAAAGUGUGAUAAAGAAAUCAAAGUUUCCUAUGCCGUGUACAACAGACUGUCGUUGCUACUGAAGUCUCUCCUUGCUAUAACUAGGGUGACGCCCGCUUACAGACUCUCCAGAAAACAAGGGCAUGAAUAUGUCAUAUUGUACAGAAUAUAUUUUGGGGAAGUUCAGCUGAAUGGCUUAGGAGAAGGUUUCCAGACAGUUCGUGUUGGGACAGUGGGUACCCCUGUGGGCACCAUCACUCUUUCUUGUGCUUACAGAAUUAACUUGGCAUUCAUGUCCACCAGGCACUUUGAGAGGACCCCACCUAUCAUGGGAAUUAUCAUUGACCACUUUGUGGACCGUCCCUAUCCCAGCUCCUCGCCCAUGCACCCCUGCAGUUACAGAACCACCGGUGAGGACGCUGGAGUAACGUAUCCUUCUGUGGAAGAUUCUCAAGAAGUGUGCACCACCUCUUUUUCCACCUCGCCUCCAUCCCAGUGUGUGUUUACUGUCACAAAGGCACAUUUUCAGACCCCUACUCCUGUGGUGACGGACACUCUGAGGGUCCCCAUGGCAGGACUGGCCUUUUCCCAUCAACUCUCAAGCUCUCGCCUUUCCUAUCAGCCUGCUGCCCUGGGCGUUGGAUCAGCUGACCUGGCUUAUCCAGUAGUGUUUGCUGCUGGCUUAAACGCCACCCACCCUCACCAGCUGAUGGUUCCUGGGAAGGAAGGUGGGGUACCCCUUGCUCCCAGCCAGCCUGCCCAUGGUGCCCAGGCUGACCAGGAGAGACUGGCAACCUGCACCCCUUCUGAUGGGGCCCACGGUGCUGCUGCCACGCCUUCCAGCAGCGAGGACACUGAAACUGUGUCAAACAGCAGUGAGGGUCGGGCCUCCCCUCGUGAUGCCUUGGAGACCAUCUUCGUCCGGAAAGUGGGGGCUUUUGUCAACAAACCCAUCAACCAGGUGACCCUAACCAGCCUGGACAUACCCUUUGCCAUGUUUGCUCCCAGGAGCGUGGAGCUGGAGGACGCGGACCCCAUGGUGAACCCCCCAGACUCCCCGGAGGCCGCCUCUCCUCUCCAGGGCAGCGUGCACUCCAGCGGCUCCAGCGGGGGCAGCAGCGGCCACACCCAGGACGACUUUGUCGUGGUCGAUUUCAAACCGGCUUUUUCUAAAGAUGACAUUCUUCCGAUGGACUUGGGGACCUUCUAUCGUGAAUUUCAGAACCCUCCUCAGCUGAGCAGCCUCUCCAUUGACAUCGGGGCGCAGUCCAUGGCUGAGGACUUGGACUCACUACCAGAGAAGCUGGCUGUGCACGAGAAGAAUGUCCGAGAAUUUGACGCCUUUGUAGAAACCCUGCAGUAGAAGUUGGUGUCCUCAAGUACCAGCAGCACCGCCUUUCUGUGGUCCCGGGAGACGGAGAGCCUCCCACUCGUCAGCUGCUCCCAUCCCUCGUCCUGCUGCACGUCAGGUGGAGGGGAGGCUGGUUCGCUCACGGGGCCCGGAAAUCCCUGCUCGUACCCCUCCUGGAGACUCACGGCAGCAGGGAAGGCCAGUGAUGACACUGGAGAGGACUCACCCUCUGAGCUCCCUCCGCAGGGCCCUCCGCUUGUCCUGCCCUCAGCAGCUGCUUCACAAAGGCUGUCGUCCUGCUCCUCCUGCUGGCCCCCUGCCCCAGGUUUGCCCGGCAGCUGGCCCCGCGCCUGCCUGCCGUUGCCGUCAACCAUUCGACAUUCCAGCUGGUAGCCCAGAGCCGGGUGUGGAGGCGUGCGGAGGAAGGAGACAGUGCUGGGAGGAGGAAGGAAGGAAGCUCUCCUUCAGGGUCUUUUUCUCCCUUAGUUCUAGCAUCUUCUUCCUCCCUCCGCCCUGUACACGGCAGGCUUCCCGCCCAAGGUGAUGAGAACUCUGGUCAGCCAUCCCCACCCCGAAGGCCGUGCCAGCCCGCCCACCCGAGCAGCCCUGGCGGCUGCCUGUGCUCAGCUACGUGGAGGCAGAAUCCUGUGUCUCUAGGAUUCUGUCAUUGGAGUCACAGCAAAGCUUCUCUUUCCUCUCCUUCCUUCCCGUUACUGUUCCUUGGUUAUAGAACACAGUAAAUAUUUAUUACUUUCAGAGAAAUCAGAUAUUUUAUAGAGAAAACGUGCUUGAGGUUAGAUGUUUUCACUUGGGGAAGGUUGGAGGGCCUCUUUCUGGGACAGCGCCUCCUUCUGUAGAGGUUCCUCAGAUGCGGGGUUGCUGCUCUGAGGAUUUCCCUUCCCAUGUAUGUAAGGUGGGAUCCAAGAAUAGGGCUGGCUGAGGGCAACAGAACCUCCCAGAAUUGCUGCAGUUGGACUGACUUCAGGCCCUGCCUUGGACACGUACAUAUUCCCGGUGAGGACCUUGGACCUCCCGGCUCCUCCAGAGAGACGGACUGUUCUGGCCGCCCAGGACGUCUUGGGUGCGAAACGUGAGGGCUCCCCAGAGCUGUGCCAUGUGUAGGGCCCAAGGGGCACUGCCGGUGUCCUGCUGUGGCACGAGGGCAGGCCAGACAGGCCCUUCCUCCCGGGGCGCUUGUUCCUGUUUCUCAGGGCUGGGUGAUAGGCCUUCUCCUCCUUCCACCUGGGCCUGGCCACCACCGUUCUCUAACCACAGAGUCUGCACACUGCCCUGAGGUUUAUCAGUUGCAUUGGUUCCUUGUUGAGAAGCCAAAGCUGGGCAUUUGGUUGACUUAACCCUUCAGGGAUUGUUACUUGAGUAAGUCAAGGGCGCAGCCUCACCCGUGGACCAUCUGCUCCUCGCCGCCUAGCUGGCAGCCCCUGCCGAGCAGGAGGAGCCCCGCCCUGCGCCGCCUGGCCCACCGGGGUGUUCAUCGGUAGCCGCUGUUCUGCAGCAGAGCAGGGCCCUUCCGUCGCUUGUUAGUAAGUGCACAUGACACCGUUCCCACCUCCGAGGGCUGGAGUCAGCUCUGCCGCCGCCGCAGUGGGGCGGAGCCCUGCCCCUGUGCACACAUUCCGCGGCCACAGAGACGUGUUCCCAGCGGUGGCGUGCGGCUGGCCCUCCUGUUCUUGGGCCGGAGCACAGCUGUGGCCUUCUGAGCAAAUCCAGGUUCCCCCGGCCCCGCGCCGGGCAGGGUGAAGGCCCUGGUGAGUCACGGAUUGCCCCGCACACCCACCUCACCCCGGUAUCUCAGCCCCUGCCCUUCCUCCAAGGCCGCGCAUGGAGAGGGGCCUGUUAGCCUUGUCCCUCUUUGGCUCCUAGUUGUUGGCCUCUGCAGGUCCUGAAGCAGCCUUUCUUCAGGACCCCGCCAGGGAGAGGCCAGGGAGGCUGAGCCCUGACGUUGCGCUGACCCUGGGAGACGCAGAGCAGCUGUCCGGGCCGGCCCUUGUCCCCCAGCCCUGCACACUGGGGGGUGUGAGCCCUAGACUGCCUCCCGCAGCGCCCUGGGGCUGGGCUGGGACCCUCACGCCGCCUCUCCGGGUGGGAGAGCCCCUCCCCCUCCUCCGGCCUGCUGUAUUUGAAAUCUGGAGCUACACUUUAAAAUGUAUUCAGGAGAUUUCCAAUAAACUUUUU